AUGACAAGGGUAUACCCCAACGCCGCCAACGCCUUCGCCUCGUCUGUAAGUAGUGCUGCAGUUCCAAAUUCCGUGGCCGAUCAUGGAAACUCACCUGUGGUCCUCACCAUUUGGAAAAAAUCAUUGCUUUUCAACUGCAAUGUUUUCACCUUAUUUGAUGACCAAGGGAACCUCGUCUUCCGUGUUGACAAUUACAACACCGGCACCAAGGAAGAAUGCUUAUGGCAAUUCUCUUCUCAUCAUCCGCCGAAAGAGGCUAAGCCUUUUGGACAGCUGGUUAAUAUUCAAUGGAGAGACGACAAUAAUCCAUCCGUUGUUUUCAGUGAAGAAGAACGUCAACCUUCUUUAUAG